AAGGGGGCGUCGUCUCCCGUGACAGUCCGCCAUGCUCAGCUUGGUGCAGCACUGUGGCCGCAACCUGCUGACACGAAGCGCCAUUCAGAGCGUGAAUAAGGCGUUUUACUCCUCACACAUGGGCAAACGCGUGGCCGUGGUGCUGGCGGGCUGCGGGGUGUAUGACGGCAGUGAGAUCCACGAGGCCUCCGCCGUUUUGGUUCACCUGAGCAGAGGAGGCGCAAGUGUGAACAUGUUUGCGCCCAACAUUGAGCAGAUGCAUGUGGUGGACCACCUGAAAGGCGAACCGUCCCAGGAGAAGAGGAACGUGCUGGUGGAGAGCGCCAGGCUGGCCCGUGGGGACAUUCAGGACCUGUCUAAGCUCAGCGUGAAGGACCACGACGCCGUCAUAUUCCCAGGUGGGUUCGGAGCAGCCAAGAACCUGUGCACGUGGGCUGUGCAGGGGAAGGACUGCUCCGUCAACGACGAGGUGAAGGCGGCGCUGCAGGCGUUCCGCGGCGAGGGCAAACCCAUCGGCCUCUGCUGCAUCUCGCCUGUUCUGGCCGCCAAGGUGUUUCCCGGCUGCGAGGUCACCGUCGGCGUCGAGAAGGACGACAAAUACCCCGACACCACAGACACUGCAGCCGCCAUCAACCAACUGGGAUGCAAGCACGUGAGCAAGAGCGUCGGCGAGAGCCACGUGGACGAGAAGAACAAGCUGGUGACCACGUGCGCCUUCAUGUGCCACGCGCCCAUCCACGAGAUAUUUGAUGGGAUCGGCUCCAUGGUGCAGAAUGUGCUGAAACUUGCUUAAUUGAAUUAAACCGCGGCGUCGAUGAGCUUUGUAUCAUAGUGUAGAGUCCAAGAUUUAAAGUUGAAAUAAAUAAAAUAGAAGCGUU